AUGUCAGCGGACACCUUGGAAGAUCUCUCUCAAACUACAGAGAACUUGGACAGACCGGACGGCUCCAGAACGUACAUGUACACCCACGCCUGCCCGUACACAGGAACAAGACUCCUCCGUGACAACAACAACAGCAAGUACACCUGCAGAUACACUCUCCAACUCCCUCUCUUCCCUAUGGCUCUCCUCCUUGUCCCCUUGUUGCUCUGUCUCUGGGGCCACCAGGCCCAAGGAGUCGUCCACUCCAGCUUCCGCCGCCUCAGCAGCCGAGAGAAGAAAGAGAUGCAGAGGGAGAUCCUGUCCAUCCUGGGUCUACCGGGUCGGCCCAGACCCCAUCCUCCCCUCCGACCGCCCUCCUCAGCCCCCCUCUUCAUGCUGGACCUGUACCACGCUGUGUCGGCCGAGGGGGGUGAGGGAAACGGACUAGGGAAUGAGGUAGGGGGGCUGGGGUUCGGCGGUCUGGACGGGUUGACGAGCCACGUCAGCCAUGCCGCCCUGCCCACUUUCAGCACGCACACGCCGCCGCUGGGGACGGUUGUCAGCGAGGCCGAUACGGUCAUGAGCUUCGUUAACCUGGGUGAGCUACUGACCGUUGAUACACCUGUGGUUUUAAAAUCCUGUGUUUUAGUUGGCUAUUGCUUUGUGACUCGUUAUCCAAUUAGUUGGGAGUUUGUUCAGCCAAUGGUCUCCCAACAGUGAUUUCGAAAUAGAGGCCCCAGGGUCUUGCAAAGAGCCCAGUAACUGAAAAAAGGUAAUAUAGCUAGAUUCUUCAAUGUAGCUAGGCCAACCUGGCAACCUUAUAUAGUGUUGAACCAGUUCACCUCUCAGGGACAGUCUUGUUAUCACAUGAGCGACUUUUCCUGUGCUGCACCAGCCCAGACAGUAGACCUACUGAUGCUUAUCUGACAUGGCAUAAAAAUUAAACAUCCUUUUCCCAGUCGUUUCCUUCCACUAUCUCUCCUGGAAUGAGAUCGGAGACCUUGUUACCGUGGGAAAACAUGAUUCCAUGUUAUUUCUCUUCACUACUUUUAUAGACAUUUUGCAUUGUUUCAACACUUGAUAUGCUAGUUUCUCUUUGUAUUUCUACAGUGUCUGGACAUACAUAUUAAUGUAUAUUACUGUACCAUAUAUUACUGUUUUUGUUAUUUUUGUGUAAUUACAUACCUUUCAGUUAAUGUUUCACUAGAUCUUAUUUUGACAAUGUCUGGUGUGAUGCCUUGAACCACCAUUUUAAGGCCAUCUAACUAAUCUAGACAGUUUAUCAUUUAUAGCCCCUGUCAGUUGUAAUAAAAAAGACACCCAUCACACACACACACAGUACACAAACACACCCUAUCAAUCCGACCCAGUCAAGGCCAUGCAACCCACUCAAGACCGUGCGUAGGGGACACAGCUGUAAGGAAUUACAGGCCCCACUGACACACACAGAAAUUGAGAAACGGGCUCAGAAUACUGCAGAGGACCGCUCUAAAAAUACUGCCCAACCUGUAGUUAGUGGUGUGUGUGUUGAGCAGCUGCUGUGGUUGAAGGCCCUUAGUGUCUCUAAUUACUGUACACUACAGAGCCCGACCAGGGUUGUUACUCUACAGGGCUCCCUGUGGGGGGAGGGGGGGGGGGGGGGGAGAGGGGAGAGAGAGGGAGAGAGGGAGAGAGGGAGAGAUGGCGAGGGGAAGGAGAGUGAGGGAGAGAUUGAGGGAGACGAUGAGGGUCGAGCGGUCUUAAGAGGAUCUAGACUUCUUUCGCUUUCGGUUGUCUUUCGUUUCUGUGUUGUUUAGCGAGGAUGCCUUAAUAGCGUUCUUCAGUGUGUGUCCAUGUACACAUGAACGUUGUCUCGCUUGAGACGCUGUGGUGAGUGACCAGCGUGUGCGUGUCCUUCCCUAUCUUUCUCUGUCUUUCCCUAUUGCCUCUCUCUCUCUCUCUCCCCUCUCUACAUUAUCGCUAGCCUGUCCUCCUUCACUUGGGCUCGCCUGCUCACCUUGCUCCACGUCUGCUCCGCUCAUCUCUUUCCCCCUACUUCCAUUGACUCAGUCACUCACCUUCCAAUCCUCCCAUCUCCCUUCACACCUUCCCACUUCUGUUGCUCUUUUCUCUCCCUCGGUCUUCUCAUUCACCACUUUCAUAUUAGAUUUAUUGCUCCAUGUAUUGCUCUUUCGCCCCACCUCUUCUCCUCUUCUCCCUUCUUCUUGUGUCAUGUGGGAAUGUCUGUAUCAUACAAUGAGAAUAUCUCUGUGUUUGUAUUAGUCUUUUUAGGGCUUGUUGAGGGGAGUGGAAGUAAUGUGUAGUGUAGAUGUGAAUAUGAAGUGUUGUGCUGUUUAAAUGUGAAAAUGUCAGUGGCAUUACAUCGACCUCCCUCUCUCCUCCUCUCUCUCAGUGGAGCAGGAGCGGGACCUGCUGCAGCCACGGCCGUACUGGAAGGAGUUCCGUUUUGACCUGACGCCCCUCCCCAAGGGGGAGACGGUCACGGCUGCAGAGUUCCGCAUUUAUAAGACCCUGACCAUGGGCCAGAGGGCCAACCGCACCCUGCACAUCUCCGUCUACGAGAUCCAACGGGAGAACAAACACAGGUUCCUGCCACUAGAUCGACAUAAUAUGACUAUUCAUUCUCUCAUUAUUAUUUAACACACUCUCUCUGACAUGUUUAUGUGAUCGACUUUGUUUUUUGCAUGAAAAAAGGAUCAAGGGUAUCAAAUAAUGCCUUUAUUAUAAUUCCCCUCACUCUCUUUGCAUGCUCUCUCUGUCUUCUCUCUAUACACCAUGAUUUGUUGCUGUGGCAAAAUGCAAUGUUGAAAAAAAUGUGUCAUUCAACCUGGCCUCAUCCAACUCCUGGCAAUAGAACUCAUUGGCCACGUUGUGGCUUGCGAGGACGUCUUGUACAAACUUGGUUCUCCAGAGAGAGCUGAAGCUCAGUGUCUGUCUGGCUGUCUCUACUGCAUGGCCAUACAACAUGUUUUGCGUAUCUCUCCAGAGGUUGUCUCAUGCCACUCCUCUACUUUCCUCAGAGAGCCAGAGCUGGUGCUGCUGGACAUGCAGUCAGUGCCCGCGGGGCAGGAGGGCUGGCUGGCUUUUGACGUGACCACUGCCAGCAACCGUUGGCUCCUGCACCCCCGCAGCAACCUGGGCAUCCGGCUCUAUGUGGAGACAGAGGAGGGUGAGCCUCAUAGAGUUAAUACUAUGGUCAGGGUCAGGAAAUGCUCUGCAGAUGGGGAGGGUAUUUCCCACAAAGUGGAUUUCUUGAUUAUUAUACCAUUGAAUAAAGAGGCAAGUUAACUCAGAAUACUACACCAAUACCUGUGCAGUAGCAAUGUAAUGUCACGUAGUAUUUGUAAUUGUUUAGUAAAUACAUAGAAAUUGAGAUAUGCUGUUUUGGUGUACCUCAAGAUUGUAUCACUCUCUCACACACACACACACACACACACAAACACACACACACAUUGUUUUCUCUCUAUCAGACCGGUCCUUGUCAGCUGGGUGGGUAGGCUUGGUGGGUCGAAGGGGCCCACGCUCCAAACAGCCCUUCAUGGUGACCUUCUUCAGGGCCAGCCAGGCCCCCUGUCGCCCCCCACGUGCCCUGAAACCCAACCCCCGCAAGAAGAAGCCCAAAUAUGACCUGCCCCUGCCCAGUAUACAUGGUGAGGUCAUACAAGGUCAGGGGACAACACUGGUUUUUGGUCUUGUUGUUAAGCUUGUUUUAUGCAGAGUUUAAAGGGAUAGUUCAUCCAAAUUACAAAAUUACUUAACUUGCGUUUACAUUCAAUUGUGUCUUUAUUUUAAAUCCAAUGCAUCCAAAGCAUGCUUUACAGUCUGUCCUGUCUCAUAACAUCUUUUUUGAUCCCUUUCAGAUCACAGCCACGUCAACAGUGGGCGUCAGGCUUGUAAGAGACAUGAAUUAUAUGUGAGCUUUAGUGACCUAGGCUGGAAGGUGAGCUUCUGUCUCCCUUAACUACUCAAUUUACUGAAUAGAUAAUAUCAUGAUCUAACAUUGUAUCACCUUAUUUGCUGUAACACACAAUUAGUAUUUUAAGGGAAACAAGGCAUUUGUGUAGUAUUUGCUUUGUAGUGUAUGUUCUUUGCAUGUUUUAUGAUGUAUUUCUCAUAGAAAUAGAGUCUCUUCUAGUCAUUAAUCUAAUCUUGUCAUUCUAUUUCUAUGGUAUUUCUCUCCAUAAGGACUGGGUCCUGGCUCCUACGGGUUACUCUGCCUUCUACUGUGAUGGAGAAUGCCUAUACCCUCUGGGUUCCUGCAUGAACGCCACCAACCACGCUAUGAUCCAACUAGUGGUCAGUAUGCUCUACUACACCCUCUCUCACAUGAACGCUAACAUUGGUUUCAGUGGGAAUUAAGGUAAAUGGCUCAGACUUUAAUGGGAAAUAUGGCAAAUUGAAACUAAAAUACCCAGGUUACCUGAGUCUACAAUUGCAGACUCUUAAUGUAGAGUACAGAUAGUGAGAAGUUACAUUCAAGACUGAAGCAAUUGUGCCCUCUAGCGGUCAACUUUAUACUAUACCGGCUCUUUCCAUGACAUUUGGUAUUCUUUUUGGGGGGGGUAUUUUAUUAGGAUCCCCAUUAGCUGUUGCAAAAGCAGCGGCUACUCUUCCUGGGGUCCACAUGAAACAUGACAUAAUACAGAACAUUAAUAAACAAGAACAGUUCAAGGAUAGAACUGCAUCUUUUUUUCUUUAAAGGCACACGUAGCCUACAUAUCAAUACAUACACACAAACUAUCUAGGUCAAAUAAGGGAGAGGUGUUGUGCCAUGAGGUCUUGCUUUAUCUGUUUUUUUAAACCAGGUUUGCUGUUUAUUUGAGCAAUAUGAGAUGGAACAGAGUUCUAUGUAAUAAGGGCUCUAUAUAAUACUGUAUGCUUUCUUGAAUUUGUUCUGGAUUUGGGGACUGUGAAAAGACCCCUGGUGGCAUGUCUGGUGGGGUAAGUGUGUGUGUGUGUCAGAGCUUUGUGUAAGUUGACUAUGCAAACAAUUUGGGAUUUUUAACACGUUAAUGUUUCUUAUAAAAAGAAGAGAGACUGGCAUGCAUAGUAUUUAUAUCAGCCCUCUGAUUACAAUGAAGAGCAUUGUUCUGGGCCAGCUGCAGCUUAACUAGGUCUUUCCUUGCAGCACUCGACCACACGACUGGGUAAUAAUCAAGAUAAGACUAAACUAGAGCCUGCAUCUCUUUAUUACGGACAGACCUUUCCCCAUCUUUACAACCAUUGAAUCUAUAUGUUUUGACCAUGACAGUUUACAAUCUAAGGCAACGUCAAGUAAUUUAGUCUCCUCAACUUGUUCAACAGCCACACCAUUCAUUAACAGAUUCAGCUGAGGUCUAGAACUUAGGGAAUGAUUUGUACCAAACACAAUGCUCUUACCAGUUUGUUCAGGACCAGUUCAGGACCAGUUUAUUACUGGCCACAAAACAGACUGCAACUCUUUGUUAAGGGUUUCAUUGACUUCAUUAGCUGUGGUUGCUGAUGCGUAUAUGGUUGAAUCAUCAGCAUAAAUGGACACACAUGCUUUGUUUAAUGCCAGUGGCAGGUCAUUGGUAAAAAUAGAAAAGAGUAGAGGACCUAGAGAGCUGCCCUGCGGUACACCACACUGUGUUUGACAUUAGAGAAGCUUCAAUGAAAGAAAACCCUAUGAGUUUAUUAGAUAGAUAGCUUUGAAUCCACGAUAUGGCAGAGGUUGAAAAGUCAUAACACAUAUGUUUUUUUCAACAACAGGUUGUGGUCAAUAAUAUCAAAGGCUGCACUGUAAUCUAACAGUACAGCUUCCAACUAAUCAUCAGUCAUUUGUGUCAGUGCAGUACAUGUUGAGUGCCCUUCUCUAUAACCAUGCUGAAAGUCUGCUGUUAGUUUGUUUACAGAGAAAUAGCAUUGUAUUUGGUCAAAGACAAUUUUUUCCAACAGUUUGCUAAAAGCUGGCAGCAAGCUUAUAGGUCUGCUGUUAGAACCAGUAAAGGUUGCUUUACCACUCUUGGGUAGCGGAAUUAGUUUGGCUUCCCUCCAGGCCUGAGGACAAAGACUUUCCUCUAGGCUCAGAUUUAAGAUACGACAGAAAGGAGUGGCUAUAGAGUCAGCUACCAUCCUCAGUAGCUUUCCAUCUAAGUUGUCAAUGACAGGAGGUUUGUCAUUAUUGAUCGAUAACAAAAAAAAUCCACCUCUCCCCCACUAACUUUACAAAAUUCUAACUUGCAAUGCUUUUCUUUCAUUAUUUGUUUUUUUUAUGCAUGAAUACGAUGGCUCACUGUUCGUUGCUGGCAUUUCCUGCCUAAGUUUGCCCACUUUGCCAAUGAAGUAAUCAUUAAAAUAAUUGGCAACAUCAAAUGGUUUUGUGAUGAAUAAGCCAUCUGAUUCGAUGAAAGAUGGAGUUGAAUUUGUCUUUCUGCCCGUAAUUUCAUGCAAAGUACUCCAAGAUUUUUUUCCCAUCAUUCUUUAUAUAAUUGAUCUUGGCUUCAUAAUACAGUUUCUUCUUCUUUUUGUUGAGUUUAGUUACAUAAUUUCUCAAUUUGAGGUAUGUCAGACAGUCAGAUGUGCAGCCAGACUUAUUAGCCACUCCUUUUGCCCCAUCUCUUUCAACCAUACAGUUGACAUAGAUUGACCAGGUAAAUCUAGGUGAAAGCUAUGAUCCCUUAUUGAUGUCACUUGUUAAAUCCACUUCAAUCAGUGUAGAUGAAGGGGAGGAGACAGGUUAAAGAAUGAUUUUUAAGCAUUGAGAAUUUGAGACAUGGAUUGUGUAUGUGUGCCAUUCAGAGGGUGAAUGGGCAAGACAAAAUAUUUAAGUGCCUUUGAACGGGGUAUGGUAGCAGGUGUAUCAAGAAUGGUUCACCACCAAUCCCUGUGGAACGCUUUCGACACCUUGUAGAGUCCAUGCCCCGACAAAUUGAGGCUGUUCUGAGCAACAGGGGGUGCAACUCAAUAUUAGCAAGGUGUUCUUAAUGUUUUGUACACUCAGUGUAUGUAGGCCUCCAUGUUUUUAAAUAGUACAGUAUCACACAUCACAGUACAAUGCCAUAAAGCGUGGGCCUGUAGUACAUGUAAAUCAACUUAAAGUUGGUUUUUAUUUCCAUAUGCAAAGAAUAAAGCAUAAUUGUUCAUGUAAUAAUAUAAUUACAUAAUAUAAUAACAACUCCAGGAAUAGGAAAUAGUGAUGAAAUAAUCAAAUAAAUGAAAAGACAGAGACAAAUGCUUUUGAACUACCAUUUAUUUUAUUUGAAAAUGUAAAAUUCAGAGCAAAGUAAUGUAGUGCACUAGUGUCUAGAGCACUGUUAGGUGGCAAAGUGUGACAAGAAUCCUGUGGGGAGAGAAAACAAGAGAAUACAUGAAUUUAAUAGGUGUUUACUAAUUAGGGUUCAACGAAGCACUUCAAGUCCUCAAUUCCAGAGAGAGAGAGAGAGAGAGAGAGAGAGAGAGAGAGAGAGAGAGAGAGAGAGAGAGAGGAGAGAGAGAGAGAGAGAGGAGAGAGAGAGAGAGAGAGAGAGAGAGAGAGAGAGAGAGAGAGAGAGAGAGAAGUGUGGCCCUUCAGGUCUCUGCAGUAGGACUACAUGCUGGCCAUGAGGUACUCGAGGUGGUACUCGAGGAGGCUGGAGAGCUCAGUGACCAGAGACUCUCGGUUAAAAUACCAGGCCAGCUGCUGCCCAAACAUGUCAUCUAGCAGAGCCAUCAGCCCGCCCUGAAGGGAACACCACACAACACAUAGAAAAUGGCUCUGAGCUACUAGCUUAUCAAGAGGAGAGAGACAAUGAGAGUUACUCCCCCUAAAACGGCAUUGAAACCCUGUUAACCAGGAACGAGUAAAGAGGAAGUAAACUAGUAAUAAGGAAGAAAACAGGAAGUAAACUCUUGACUCUUACAUUGAGCAGCAACAGGUAUCUCUCAGCCUUUGGCUCAAUGCUGGCAACAGUGAGCAGGAAGGAGUACAGGAGAGGGUACAGACGCUCCAUGAACCCACCAGGUUGCUAAAGUAAACAGAGGAGGAGAGAAGAGAAAUUGAAGUGAAAUUGCUAAUAGACAGACAUCCAGGGGCGGCCUGUUCAAUAGGGCGAUAUGGGCGACGCACUGCGAAACGGGAAAAGGAAGGGAUUUUUUUUCUAAUCAAUUAUAUCACGGCAACAGUAGUUAUCAGUGUUGUAAUCUAUACGUCUGAUCUGCCACAGUGCCACACUGCCACUAAAUGUCGAAUCAGGCUAAAGUCGUGCUUCAAAUGGCUCCCCCCCCUUUUGGGGCGAUUUCAGUCAGGUUGAAAAUCGCCCAGAAGUCUGUCAUAGACUCCCAUGUAAAAUCUAUUUUUUUCAAAUUUCAGAGCCUUCAAUACAAUCUCUAUGGGUGUCUGAGGGCUUGCACUUACGCGCUUUCGUCAUACGUAACGUAACGUAACCAUGAACGUAACUGAGAAAAGAGCGGAUUGUGUCUUUGAAAGAAGUUCCUUUUUGUCGGCGAACAAAUGAAGAUAAAUUGGCAACGAAACAAUUAGGACCUCCCAGACCAAAUUUAAUAAUUCAACAGGUUUCUACUAAAGGCGGAAAGUCCUACACCCGAGGAUUUUCCAAAAAUUGGUACGAACGGAAAAAUAACAUUGCCACUCAACUUGAUGAGGGAUACAGGCUAGCUGUCCGCCGCCACAACGAUGAGGUUAGUGUUGAUAAUCACAAGUUUACUGGAGAACUGAGACCAAGUAGAGACUUUGGACAGGGUGGAUAUGGUAUAAUAAAGGCAGUUUAUUCAGAGGUAAAGAUAUCUGGAAUCGCGUGCACGGACCCGUUCGUCAAACUCUUAGGGAGCUAUACAUUAAGCCCCAUUACUUACCAUAUCAGAUAAGAGAAAUUGCUGCAGCUACAUAUAUUUUACAUCCUGGCCCUACAUAGUUCACUAUUUGCAUCACUUACCAAAAUAUUACAUGUGGUCAUAUAUGCUUGGAAAGUGGAGAUGCCAUAGAACGUCAAAAAAGUAAACAUUGCUGGAGACACAUUGCCGUUUUGGAGAAGACAUCGCGUUUGCUAGCGAAGAGAUUUGUUGUGGCAAAUGAACUUGGGCUGGGAAUUGCCAGGAACCUCACGAUAAGAUAUAUGCAUCAGCAUUGCGAGUCUCAUGAUUCUAUACGUAUUGCGAUUCGAUACUGUGAUUUUAUUGCGCACCAUAUGUCUGUUGCAGAGGGAUCAGAAAGCCAUGAGAACGAGUUUUGAUCAGUCAUGGAAAUAAAAGUGCUGAAAACAAAUUGGCUCCCAAUGUGAAUAGAUUGAGAACAAGCUAUGAAGGAACAAUAAUGGUGUUUUGGUGCAGGUACAGCCAACUAGCGCUAAAAUAUUGCGAUAUUGUCAAUACAGUAUAUCGUAAAGUAUCACUAUGUAACUCGAUUUCUUUCACCCCAAUCCCUCAAAUUAACGGUAAAUAACUGAAUUGUUUGCCCCACAUUUAGCUAAGAUGAUUAGCUAGCCAGCUAAAAUGUUUUAUUUAGUUAGCAGUCGCAUCUACAAUAGUUUACUGUCAAUAACAUGUCUCCAAAAAUGACGUGGUGUCUCCAAUUGUGUUGACAUUUUACAAUUGCGAUGCGCAUCCAUGAGUAUCCACUUUCUGUAGCUCAGCUGGUAGAGCAUGGCGCUUGUAACGCCAAGGUAGUGGGUUCGAUCCCCGGGACCACCCAUACACCUGCUGACAAGGCUGACAAGAUAGGACCCUUUUGUCCAUUGUUAUUGGAUAGGAACAGAACUUAUAACCAGCUCCUGACCUAAAUAGAUCUUAGCACAACAUUUUACUCAACAUAUCAUAUUCCAUAUUCACUAUAACAAAUAUAUUUACUACGACAUUAGCAAGAACCGCCACAUCCUCAGCCGGCUAAUCCAGUGUGUGAAGUUUUGCGGAGUGUUUGAGUUAGCUUUGCGAGGCAAAGAUGAAACUGAGGGCUCCACCAACCCUGGUAAGCCAACACUUUUGAGAUCAGUCAAUAAAUGCUUCUGGUAUUGACUUAUAUGCUGCCCCUGUCUUCAUGUUGUUGCUGGACAUAUCUUUUUUAAAAUGUGUGUAGGUCACCUAAAUCAUCAGAAAAAUUGCCCCCCCUGAGAAUUUUUUCAGGAGCCGCCACUGCAGACAUCUAAACAUUUACCAGCGAGAUGCUACUUACCACCAUCAGGGAUUUCUGAGCUGUCAUCAUCCGAAACAGCACCAGCUCAAAAAGGACAUCUAUCAGGUUAACAUGAUGGAUCUAGGACAAGAAAACACGUUUGGAGAAAAUAGGAAUGAUUUCAAAUAGAUCAGCUACUGUGCCGUAUAAAAGACAUGCAUGUGGAAGAACUCAAAGUGAGACUUGAAAGAGUUAAUUAACUCACCUUUGCCUCAGCCAGCUCCCUCUCAAUGUCAAUCUGCUUGGAGGGGUCACUCAGGUAGUCCACAAAGUCGUUAUAGGCACGGAUGAAUUCGGCCUCGUCCUAUCAUAAAGCAAAGAGCAGUGAUGUUAGUGCACAGAACACAUUUCACACCGAGGACGUUCUCUUUCCCUUGAAGGACAAUGAGUUAGUGAGCUACCAUCUGGUGGACCUGAACCAGUGCGCCCAGUAGGACCUUUCCCGCCACAAACAGAUGGUUCCUACUCAGGGUGGAACCGAGCAGGGUCUAGAGAAGAGGGAAGAGUUAGGGUGAGACACCCAUCUUACUCUAGGAGACAGACAGAACAGGAAGACACAGAGAGUCAAAGAAAAGUGGGUCCACUCACAGUAAAGGCCUGGCGCAGGGAGACGAGCCUCAGGCCGAUGUCCUCCACUCUCUUGGUGGUAAGGUAGAGGCUGUGGAAGAGAGGGAAUGGAGCAUGUCAAUGGGGGAUAACAGCAUUGUGACCACUAUCCUUCAGCAUCUGACAAGCUCAGACUAUACACACAUUUAGAGGGACUCACUUUAGCAGAGGAACCUCCCUCUCCUCAGGCAGCAGGUCCUCCUCCCAGCCCUACAAUAACAGAACAAUUAUUCAACAUCAGUGACCAAUGUAAUGACAUGACAAACAAUGGGUCAAUCGAAGGAUCUUAAUGCUACUAGUCAAUAGUAUGUGUGUGUGUAACAUCUGACCUCAUAGCAGUUGUGGCCCUCAGGCUCUGGCUCAGUGAACUGCUGAGUGGUGGGCGUAGAGACGGAGGCAGCCUCCGACCACGCCGAGGAGGAGAGCAGCCCAUCCAGCCCCAUGUGGAGAGUGGCGUACACCACCGAGACAUCAGUUUGCUGCUCAAAACACACACACACACAACACACGUUAAUAGAAAACAGACCAUAUCUAAUGGAAAAUGCCCUGUAAUUUCUAUUCUAUAUACAUAGGAAAUUGUUUAUUUACCUGGUAGCAGCCAUGCGUCACGGCCACAGACGUCUCGUGGCGGAGGUGAGACGCAUACUGGGUCACCCUGCCAGCCACAUACUGACAGAGAGAAACGACAUGUUAAGGCCAAACGGAAUAAGUGAAGAAAAGCCUAAUCUAAUACUAAUUCAGUAGUAUUUACAUCUUACCUGGAUCCAAGAGAUGGACUGCACCUUGGUGGCACAGUAGGGGAUGCCCUCUGGACUAAGUCUGUGUGUCUCCUUGGAGAUGGCCCACACCAGUUGAGUCUCCAGGCCUCGAACCCUACUCGCAUGGUGCAUCCUCACCACCACCUGCUGUGGAGUGAAACAACAAGACAACAUCAACAAAACAACAUCAGCCAUCGCUGUAACAUAUUUCCAUCAAGAUCACAUGACACUGACGAUGUAGAUUAGGAUUAGGUAGUGACAAAGACACAUACCUGGGAUCCCCCACGCAUGUAGGUGAUAAUGGGGCUGAUGAACUGGAAAGUUCUCCAAGCUUUAGCCACCGGACCGGCAUUGUUCUGCACAAGAGGGGGUUGACAUUACAAUACAUUCAGGUUAGAAACAGCAAACAUUGCAACAGUGAUGUGACUGUGUGUGUGGGUCUCUUACCCUGAUCACAACAGGCCCACAGUACAGGGAGCUAAACCUAAUCGGUAUCAACUGCCAAUUACCAGUGGCCUCCUAAAGCAGAAAGCAGACAACAAAGAUUUUUAGAAUGUCAAAGUGACACAAAUUGAAUAUCUGGGAUACUUUUCAAACAUUAAACUUUCUGAAAAUUGUACCUCAAGGAUAGUCGGCACAUCUGGCACCUCCUCAAGGAUGGCUGGCAGCAGUGGUACAUCCGGCACAUCAUCCAAUGGCACAACCAACUGGACCUCAUCCAGGACAGUUGAUUCUAAAAUUAGGAACAUUGGAAUACAAACAAACAAAUGUUAGGAUGUAAAACGUAGCGAGCUAGCUAGUACUACUAGUUCAAAAGUGCAUCUCUUAGCAAAAGUCACUAAAGUCAACGUUAGCUUGCAAGUAUGGAUUACAGAAAUACACAACAUUUCACAAAUUACAUUUAUAUUGUUAAAUGUGGUAAAAUAAGAAGUUUAAACUCAACAUACCCUCGAUGUCGCUGUCCACCUCCCGACGAUUGCGAACCCUGCAAAACGGAAAAAGACAACAAAAACAACCCACAAAUGAAUUUGAACAACCUGUCGACGCAGUAGACCGCCGACGUCCACGCACUCUCUCCACCAAUUUUGAAAAGCACCCAGGCAUUUUCCAGUCGAUCUUUCAGUCUCAGGUCUCAAAAAUCUGUCAUGUUUGUUGUUGUUGAACAGCAAACUGAAUUGUUGUUGUUUUCUAACAGAAAACGUUCAAUAGAACGCCGAGAUGUUCUAUCGGUUAGAUGUCUCUUGGCAACACAUAUUUUUGAAAAUUGUUGUUUACAAAAUUGACAGCUGUGUUGCCAUAGAAAUGAGUUUGGAACUCUAUGCUUACCAUUAGAAUUCUAUAAAAAUUCCAUUCCUACUCAUCAUUCUAAUUCUAUUGACCCUAUUUUGUCACCAGAGGAUUUCCUAUGUUGUUGGUAUAAUAUAAAACAAAAAUACCAAAUGUUAUUUUUAAGUCACUAGCUAGGUCAAUGGCCCAUUGAAAUGUUUUAGCAUGUUUCAUGGAAGUUGUUGUUGAACUUCUGAAAGUCUAGGCUUUGACUCAGUGGAUAAUAAAGUAUUGUGGAGCACAGACAACCCGGUUUAAAAUAUAUUGACCAAAUUCAGACAAGGGGGGCAAAGCCACAGCCCACUGAGGUAGGAGAGCACUGAAGUAUCUGCAUAAUAAUAAUCCAUAUCUCUUUUAUAAACAGGAUAGUAUCAUUGAUUAUAUAAAAGUGCAUGUAUAAAUAAGUCUGAUUGACCUUUUUUCAUGGCAGGUUCACCUUCUGAAGCCGGACGAGGUUCCCAAAGCGUGCUGCGCACCCACCAAGCUCAGUCCCAUCUCCGUACUCUUCUACGACGACAACAACAAUGUGAUCCUAAAUAAGCAUCGCAACAUGGUGGUCAAGACCUGUGGAUGCCUGUGACACCUGUGGUAGCCCAUAUAUUCUACAUCAUUUUUAUAAACUUGACUACCAUUGUUCCAAAAGAUACAAACGGGGUAAUAUACCUUGCAGCCAGCAGUUGAUAGCAAUAAUCUGGCAAUAUGUGUAUAAAUAGUAUGUAUCUACACUGAACAAAAAUAUAAACGCAACAAUUUCAAAGAUUUACUGUGUUACAGUUCAUAUAAGGAAAUCAGUCAAUUAAAAUAUAUUCUUUAGGCCCUAAUCUAUGGAUUUAACAUGACUGGGAAUGCAGAUGUGCAUCUGUUGGUCACAGAUACCUUUUUAAAUAAAGAUAGGUGCGUGGAUCAGAAAACCAGUCAGUAUCUGGUGUGACCACCAUUUGCCUCAUGCAGCGGGACACAUCUCCUUAGCAUAGAGUUGAUCAAGCUGUUGAUUGAGGCCUGUAGAAUGUUGACCCACUCCUCUUCGAUGGUUUUGCGAAGUUGCUGGAUACUGGCAGGAACUGGAACACGCUGUCAUGCACGUCGAUCCAGAGCAUUCCAAACAUGCUCAAUGGGUGAGAUGUCUUGUGAAUAUGCAGGCCAUGGAAGAAUUGUGACAUUUUCAGCUCCCAGGAAUUGUGUACAGAUCCUUGCGACAUGGGACUGUGCAUUAUCAUGCUGAAAUAUGAGGUGAUGGCAGCUGUUGAAUGGCACAACAAUGGGCCUCAGGAUCUCGUCACGGUAUCUCUGUGCAUUCAAAUUGCCAUCGAUAAAAUACAAUUGUGUUUGUUGUCCGUAGCUUAUGCCUGCCCAUACCGUAAUCCCACUGCCACCAUGGGGCACUCUGUUCACAACAUUGACAUCAGCAAACCACUCGGCAACGCAACGCGAGAUUCAUCCGUGAAGAGCACACUUAUUCAGCGUGCCAGGGGCCAUCGAAGGUGAGCAUUUGCCCACUGAAGUCAGUUACGAUGCCGAACUGCAGUCAGGUCAAGACCUUGGUGAGUACAACGAGCACGCAGAUGGGCUUCCCUGCGACUUUUUCUUACAGUGUGUGCAGAUAUUCUUCAGUUGUGCAAUCCCACAGUUUCAUCAGCUAUCCAGGUGUCUGAUCUCAGACGAUCCCGCAGGUGAAGAAGCCGGAUGUGGAGGGGCUGGCGUGGUUACACGUGGUCUGCGGUUGUGAGGCCAGUUGCACUUACGGCCAAAUUCUCUAAAACGACAUUGGAGGCGGCUUAUGGUAGAGAAAUGAACAUUAAAUUAUCUUGCAACAGCUCUGGUGGCCAUUCCUGCAGUCAGCAUGCCAACUGCACGCUCCCUCAAAACUUGAGACAUCUGUGACAUUGUGUCGUGUGACAAAACUGCACAUUUUAAAGUGGCCUGUUAUUGUCCCCAGCACAAGGUGUGCUGUUUAAUCAGCUUCUUGAUAUGCCACACCUGUCAGGUGGAUGGAUUAUCUUGGCAAAGGAGAAAUACUCACUAACAGGGAUGUAAACAAAUUGGUGCACCAAUUCUGAGAGAAAUAAGCUUUUUGUGCGAACUGAACAUUUCUGGGAUCUUUUAUUUCAGCUCAUGAAACAUGGGACCAACACUUUACAUGUUGCAUUUAUAUUUUUGUUCAGUAUAAUAUAUUGAUUAUUUAGUGUGAGAAGGGUAUAUGAAUAACACCUCCUUCAUAAAGAAAUCCUCAAUUGAGAUUUUCACAUUGGACUUAUAACCAUACUUCACUCCUGAUUAAACUAUUCAAAUCUACAGUAAUUCAGAUAAUUACAUCACCCUUUGUCAUAUAUUCUAUGUAUCCAAUCAAAGCUGUAAAGUACUGUGACAUAAGUGCAAUGCUAAAUUUCUACCCUUUUGAUGGCUAUGUUGUCUUGUUGAACCAUGAAUUUCUCAUUGUCUCUAUUAGAUGUACUAUACAUGGUUCAAUUAAAAAGCUAAAUAUAUGGACUAUAUAUGCGUGGCAAAAAAAUGUGUGCAUUUCUUUAAUUAUACUUUUAACCAGCAUACAGU